AUGACUGUGGCAAUUCGGAUGCUUGCAUACGGUAUGCUCGCUGAUGCUAUUGACGAGUAUGUGAGAAUUAGUGAAAGCACAACAAUUGAGUCUUUGAAGAGAUUCUGUGCAGGAAUCAUUAGCAUUUAUCGUGAAGAAUAUUUGAGAUUGCCGACUGAGGCGGACAUUUUCAGACUGCUACGGGAGGGGGAGAAACGUGGAUUUCCCGGAAUAUCCCAUAAUGAUAUCAACAUUCUUGAUCAGUCUUAUUUCUUUGCUGAGCUCAUUGAAGAACAUGCCCCUUCUGCCAACUAUACCAUCAAUGGUAACCAAUACACUACAGGAUAUUGUCUUGCUGAUGGUAUCUAUCUUAAGUGGGCAACCCUUGUCCAAAUGAUUUCUUAA